AUGGCAGUGGCCUUUGAUGCAAUGCUGGCUCGGGUCAAGGAUGUUUGUAAAAGAAAUGGUUUGCUCAUUCUGUCAGUACUGUCUGUCAUAGUAGGAUGUCUUCUUGGAUUCUUCCUCAGGACCAGGCGGCUCUCUCAGCAGGAAAUUAGUUAUUUCCAAUUCCCUGGGGAGUUAUUGAUGAGGAUGCUGAAAAUGUUGAUUCUUCCACUGGUUGUCUCAAGCUUAAUGUCUGGACUCGCAGCCUUGGAUGCCAAGACUUCCAGUCGAUUAGGCAUCAUAACCGUCACUUACUAUCUAUGGACAACAUUUGUGGCUGUGAUUGUGGGAAUAAUUAUGGUCUCCAUUAUCCAUCCUGGUGGAGCAGCCCAGAAGGAGAACACAGAAGAGAGUGGAAAGCCAAUUAUGAGCUCUGCAGAUGCACUGCUAGACUUAAUUCGGAACAUGUUCCCAGCCAACCUUGUUGAGGCCACAUUCAAACAGUAUCGCACCAAGAGCAUUCCUAUCGUCAAAUCCAACAAGGCAGCUUCUGAAAGCACCACUCGUCGAUUCAUAAUAUAUGGGGUCCAGGAUGAGAAUGGAUCCAAUGUCCAGAAUUUUGCCCUGGAUAUCACUCCCCCUCCAGAAGUGAUUUACAAAUCUGAGCCAGGCACCAGCGAUGGCAUGAACGUUCUGGGGAUUGUGAUAUUCUCUGCCACCAUGGGUAUAAUGUUGGGCAGAAUGGGUAACAGUGGAGUUCCCUUGGUCAGUUUUUGCCAGUGUUUAAAUGAAUCUGUCAUGAAAAUAGUGGCAGUUGCUGUGUGGUAUUUUCCUUUUGGAAUAGUGUUUCUUAUUGCUGGCAAGAUCUUGGAAAUGGAUGAUCCUACAGCUAUUGGGAAGAAGCUGGGCUUUUAUGCCAUUACUGUGGUUUGUGGCCUGGUGGUUCAUGGACUGUUCAUUCUGCCAAUGAUGUACUUCUUUAUCACUAAGAAAAACCCCAUUGUUUUCAUCAGAGGGAUUCUUCAAGCCUUGCUAAUUGCUCUGGCCACAUCAUCCAGCUCAGCCACAUUGCCUAUAACUUUCAAGUGCUUGUUGGAGAAUAACCAUGUUGACAGAAGGAUUGCCAGAUUUGUGCUGCCUGUUGGGGCCACGAUCAAUAUGGACGGAACUGCCCUAUAUGAAGCGGUGGCAGCAAUCUUUAUUGCUCAAGUAAACAAUUAUGAGCUGGAUUUUGGACAAAUUAUUACUAUAAGUAUCACAGCAACAGCGGCCAGCAUAGGUGCUGCAGGGAUUCCACAAGCUGGCCUUGUGACUAUGGUCAUUGUUCUGACAUCAGUUGGGCUGCCUACAGAUGACAUCACUUUAAUUAUUGCAGUUGACUGGGCAUUAGACAGAUUUAGAACAAUGAUCAAUGUCUUGGGAGAUGCCUUAGCUGCUGGAAUCAUGGCCCAUGUCUGCAGAAAGGAGUUCACCAAGGAUGGGGAUGAGGUGCCACUGAUCUGUGAAACUAAACCCAUCAGCAUUCAUCAAAUCAUGGCUUACCAGAGAAACGGUUGUGUGAAGAACAUGAGUGAGUCUCAUGGACUGGAAACAGUGAAAGCGUUUCAGCACCACAUACCUAUACAAGCGGAGCAAGAACUAAACCCACCGGAAAACCACACAAAGAAAUCCAACAGUAAAGACCACUGCACUAUUGAAAUCAAUGAACUGGAAACAAAUGUGUAAUUGCUACAUCUGAUGGUAUCUGAUAUCCAGUGACCUGGUACCCAAUCACUACCUCACAGCUGGAGGGAGGACUCUCUUAUAUGGAAAAAAAUGUGGAGUUAUGAUCAGCAUGCUUGUACUGGAGCUAGGAGACUAGCUGUGAUCAGAAAAGAUACAAGGCUUGAAAGAGAUAGGGGGCUUCUUUAGGGGAUGAUUUUAAUACUGGGAAAUUAACCAAUGGACAACUUUGGUUCUCCCUGGGCAAACUGAUUUGAUUCCAGUGUAGUAUCCGACACUCCUUUUUUGCUUUUUUUUUUUAUUUAACCCCUUUUUUAUUAUUUCUGACAAAAGCCUUUUUUCGCAUCUCACUAAUUAUGAACAUGGUAUUUAUGUAGAUGUAUUGCUGCCAGGAACGAAUUUACAAAACAUACUGAAAGCGUACUAAUUUUGUCUUCUCUUCUACUCCUUAAACAAAGAGUUUAUGCUUAGAUUUAGAAUAGCACUAAGAAAAUUGCACUGAUCUCAAGAGGCAAAUCUUUUGUAACGAAUAAUGCCACAAACUGAAAGCAAAGCAAAAUAUUUCUCUUUGCAAGAAAACACAUUUUAAAAGCUAUUCUGUUAUACACACUUCAAAGAUAGGCAUCAAACUGCAAUAUAUUGUUCAGAGAUGUCUAGAUUCUUGCAAAGGACGGUUUGCCUUCUAAGUGCCAGAUCCACAAAGAAUUUUUAAGAAAUCUCUCUCUACAGUAGAAUCGGUACAAUAUACCUGUAAUGGCAGAACCAUGCAAGCCCUAACACAUAAGCACUGGUGCUAAAGAGUGUUCACUGUUCUCUCCUUUUAUUUAUAGACUGUUCCACUGUAUAUGUAUAAGCUCAAUUCUCAAAGCUCUUGACAAAUAUGCUUCAUUCCAAGGGCAGACUAAACACAGACUGGAAUUCAAUGCAGAUGAGUAAUAUUUGGGUUUUGUAGGGAGUUUGCUGUGGAAACUAGCUUUUUAUUUUUCAUUAUACCGUGGGUUGGACUAAACUGAAUGUUGUCCCUUUUUUUUAGCCAUCUACUAAAUCUUUGGUUACAAUAAAUUCUGCUGGGUGUGUUACCAAUGUUUGCAAUGAAGAACAUUUUAAAAUAAACCUGACAUUGUGAAAAUAGGCUAUCUGUGCACUUCUAGAAUGAACGGAUUCUUACUUCUCCGUUCAAAGCUGGGAUGGAAGGGCGGCAUGAUGUGCUCAGAACAUUCAAACUUUCAUGUUUUGUUAGGUAGGUCUUGGGGGAAAAGGAUUUGUGGAAGGAUACAGAACCAGGUAGGUACAAAGAUCACAAACUAUUUCCUGCCAAAUACCUGUGUAUUUUGUUAUUUUUAUGCCUGCCACAUCAAUUCCUGAAAAUCUUUAGCUGGUGCUAUAAAAUAUUGCUGAAUGUUAAGGUGUCUUCUAUGGGAAAAAUUCUACAUUUAAUCAGUCUACUCAGAGAGGGCAAUUUUUUCAGCACUUGCCAAAGUCAGGGGCAUGCACAAGGGGCAGGGGGAAGCAAAGUCAUGCCCCCCCCAAUAAUUGGCAGGGGUACAGAACUCCACUUCACAAAUAAUUAAAGAGUAGUUUCAAAUAUGCAAAGCAAACAAUUCCAGCCAGCAAAGCCACAUGCUACUUUUUGGCCUUGUCUACACAGUGCGUUAGUGCACAAGACACGCUGGGCAUGCACUAGAAUUUAUACUCCAGCUCAUGCGUACUAAUUGGCCCAUGUGGAUGCUGCCAUUUCAAACUUCAAUUUAAGUGCACGAGGGAACUUUUAGUGCACACCUGCAGGAUUCAUGCAGGCCGGUUAGCACAUGAUAUGCUGGUGCACAGCAGACUUUAUACCCCAGCUAGUGUCCACUGACACACCAUGUAGACAAGUCCUUAGUCAAAAGGACUGCAAAUUCCCACUGCCUGCCCUGAGCCUUCUUUCCUAAUCUAUCUUCUAGGUAUAUAUAGGACACCAUGCAUCAUAAUAUCUAGGUGUAGUUUCUUACCCUGUGACGUCAGGAUAGCUCUUGGACCAUACAUGGUAUAUCACUCCACAUCACUAUAUGGCUCCCAUCAUUAAGGCAGCUAGGUGUCUGAUGCAAGUUUCCAAAAAAGAUGUCCUAAUUAGGACCCUACAGUUGCGAACUCAGCUCCCCACUUUUAAAAAUAUUGUUUUAAACCCUCCUUUGUUAAAAUUACCAACACAAAAGUGGAAACAAGACUCAAGACUAGAUGUCCUCUUGGUGGUCAUAGUGCUUUGAACGAGGGGGCGUCAAUAUCAGGCACACAAAGGAGAUUGAACAUUACUGCACUGCUGCUGGUUGAUUUUAUAUGGCCAUCUAACUUUUCUCUGUGCAGAAGAUCCAUCUUUUUGUUUCCUGGAACAGUCACAGCAAAUGUUAAGAUCUUAACCUCAAUGCCUCCAUGAGUUCAGCGUGUAGUGAGGCCUCAAGAGACCCAAAUCAAUCCUAGCAUUAGAAAAUGGUACAAUUUCCACAAAAUACACCUCUCAGAAGGAAAAGCUUCCUCACUCAGAGGAAGAAGCCAGUGGUCCUCAGUGAGUCUUGCUUACCUAAUGAAUAUCUUUAGCCCUAGAUAAUGGUUUACCUUCUCUCACCAUCUUUCGAUAGGUGGGGCAUGGGAAAGUCUUAGGUAUGAAAUGGCAAAAUGGAACGUUUUUAUAGGGUCACUGGACAGGAAGGAAAUGUACUUUAAAAUGAAUGCUCGGUUAGUCAUAUUGUGCAUCUAUACCCCAUUGAUAAAUAGCUUAGACUUUGCUUUGAGAAUAUUAAAUGUUUAGUUCAUAUUAUGUCAAUGGUGCCAUUAAAAAACCUCAGCCAUCACUGCGGCGCAUGCCUUCUGUAUGCCGGUGUGCUGUGACUACUGCCUAUUACACUGAUCAUAACUCACUGUUACCUUGUCUGUUUGUUGUAUUCACUCGUAGUCUCUAAUUUUAUACUUUGAUUGUAUGCAAGUUCUUUGGG